AUGCCUUUAUGUCCGAGGUUUCACAAGGCGUUCGUGGGCUGGAAGCUGUGGUACAUAUUCGCGGUGCCCUUGCUGCUUCUACCGCUGCCUAUAUACAUGGGAAACAAGGCUGGCCUCAGCGCUUACGCCAUGAUCUGGAUGGCGGCUUACUGGACGCUCGAGCCGAUCCCGCUGGCGGUCACGGCACUCAUGCCCCUGGUGCUGUUCCCGAUGUUCGGCGUCCUGAGCAGCGCCAAGACGACCACCCUGUACUUCAAUAACAUCGGCUUCGUCCUGUUCGGAUCGCUGGCGGUGGCGGCUGCCGUGGAGACGAGUCGUCUGCAUCAGCGACUGGCCCUCAAGUCGCUGCUGGGCAUCGGGACGAGCAAUCGAAGAAUCCUGCUGGGUUUCAUGCUGGUGACCAUGUUCAUGUCGAUGUGGAUUCCCAACACCGCGUCCGCCUCCAUCAUGACGCCCAUAGUCGUGGCCACUCUCAACCAAAUUCACGGAAACAGGAGAAGCCCGUCCGAAGAUACCCUCUUUGAUCCAGACACGGAACCCGCGGAACACCGAGAGGUUUCUAGCGAGGAUGCGGCCGCUCUGCAGCCGCCGAAUGACGCGCGCGCCGGAAAGAUGCGACGAGCGAUGCUGCUGGCCGUUGCCUACGCCGCAAACAUCGGAGGCACGGGUUCGCUCAUCGGAACGCCGCCCAACCUCAUCCUACAGGCGGAGUAUGCCAAGCUCUUUGGCCAGGACGACGUCACCUUCCUUUCGUGGAUGGCGUACAACGUUCCGCCGAUGCUGCUGUGCACCAUGCUGGCGUGGCUGUACGUGCAGUGGAAAGUGGCCAAGCUAACGUUCCACCAAGCAGCCGUGCUGACGUUGAUGACGUUCAUGAUAUUCCUGUGGCUCACGCAAAACCCGCGCGUGGUCCCCGGCUGGUCCAACCUGUUUCCCUACGGCAAAACGUUCGCACAGCGCUCCCAAGCGGCCGUGCAUUGCAGGCAAAUCCUGUCCUCCGUACCCGCGGUGCUGGUCAGCAUCCUGCUGUUCGUGGUUCCCAAAGAUCCCCACCAGGGCCUGCGCAGCAAAGGGCUGCUCACCUGGGAAGAGGCCAGCGUCAAGAUCCACUGGGGCACCAUCUUCAUCAUUUGCGGCGGAAUGACACUGGCCGAGGCCUCCAAGGCAAGCUGCAUGAUUUCAGUCUUGGGUUUGAUGCACACUGGACGCGUAUGUUAUCUUCCACCUUCUUUAAAAUUUGAAGGGAUUGGUCUUAUGCACCACUGGCCACGCAAUUGUCUUAUCUGUGUGCGAGAGCUAUUCAGCAAAAGAGCAGCAGCCACGGAUGUAUCGGCCAAGCUCCAGAGCUGCAAGGCUGUUCCUACGCUCUUAUCGGCUGUUCCUACGCUCUUAUCGAACGAGGUGAUGAGACUGAGAGCCGUAGUUCCGUGCGCGAUGCUCGAAACGGCAAUAGCGUUCAUUCCCGGCCUAAUUCUCUUUAUCGUUUUUCAGGAUUCGGGCCUGUCGGCCAUGCUGGUGCUCAAGAUGCGAGGCCUGAACGUGAUGCCCAGCUACCUGGUGGUCGGCGUGCUCUGCUUCUUCGCCUCCAUGCUGACCGAGGUGACCAGCAACACGGCCAUCACGGCCAUCAUGCUGCCCAUCAUCUUCGAGAUGGCCGUGGCGCUGGAGGUGCACCCGCUGUACUUCGCCAUCCCCGUGGUGGUGGCCUGCUCGUUCUCCUUCAUGCUGCCCGCGGCGACGCCACCCAACGCCAUCGUUUACGAGAUGGGCAACUUCCGCAUCGUCGACAUGGCGGCUCCCGGGUUCGUGAUGAACAUGGUGUGCGUCGUCGUCGAGCUGGUGGCCAUCCACACGCUGGGCCCCCUGGUGUUCGGUCUGCACAGCUUGCCCGAGUGGGCGGCAACGGACAAGAACGCCACCGUGGCACGCCCACUGACCGAGCGUGCUGUUUAAAGCGCCCGCUGAUCCGGUUAUUUUUCGCAUUGCGCUGAACCA